UACAGAGGAUGGAACAAGAAGAAGGGGGGAGGUUCGAGGGUUUGUGAGCAAAGAGGCUUCAGCGACCGUGGGAAAAUAUUCCAACCAAGUUCUAUCCCAUGUACUAGCUUUGAACCUGCCCCUCCCUCCAUCCAUCUUAGCCCCGAACUCAACGAGGUCCAAUAAGAACGGGAAAGAUGGCGAGAGGAUCCGAUCCAUUCUUCUCUACUGCAGGGGAAGCAGGUCCGUCCAGGCGUUCUUCACACAUUCAGCGAGCUCAACGCGAACGACCACCUGGGAGAACAGAACGUGUAGGAGCUCGUUCGGCAACACCUGCUUAUUCGUCACGGGGACGAAACAGAAAGGGCUACAAGGGGAAGGCUGGAACAGCAGCAGACGGAGCGAAAGCUGGAUCCGAGCAUAGGAAGAAGAGAAGUAGUGCUUUCAACGUUGGACCUGCGCACGCGCCGAAGAAUGCGUAUCUAGGCAAAGCGAAGAAGAUCAAAGCCGACCUCAUCAUGAAGUCUAAAAUCAAACGCGAGUACGCCAAAGUGCUCAAAGCAGAGGGUAUGGAGUCCGAUCGUCUCAAACCGAGAGGGAGGAAGGGUGAGAGUCAGUCCACCGCCGACCCUCCGAAGAAUCCACCUGUGCUCCCUUCACAAUCACCUCCUCUCCUUCCUGGAUCCUCUCCGACCCUUGAUGAAGCUGCGUUCCCCGCUCCUGGUCGACCAUCUCAGCGUCAACGAGCCACGCAAAAGCCGUUGGCUGACAAAACGCGGGCGCUAAGGCCCCAGGAUAUCGGCCAUCCUAUGCCUCAGACAAGUCUGCGAGAACUGAAGAAGGAGGCGUACAGCAAAUUUCACAGACCUGCCAAUCGAUCCGGCGCUACCCCGACUGGGGCGGGUGUUAUGGGACAUGGACGACGAGGAGGAUCGCAGCCGAAUCUUGGGGCGAGGAUGGGCGUACUACUUGAGAAGAUCAAAAGGGAUAAGGCGGCUGCUAAUUAGGGAGGAAAAAGCACGACCGAUGCGGAUCUGCAUAAUGCUUUGACGAUUUGUAAUGUUGGAUUGCAAUAAUGAACCUGUGCAUCUUUCGCCUCAGAC